UAAGUUUGUCUACUUACUUAGGAAACACCCUGUAUAAAGUCCCUGAUACCUUUCUUAAUUAAAUAAAGAAUUGAUUUUAGUAAAUGGAUUAGAAUCACAGCUAGCCUAGAUGUGCUCAGUGCAGCGCAAGCAUGGCAGAUGGUAUGGCGAAAAAUGGUGCAUACAAAUAUGACGAUGGUACAAAAUACAUUGGAGAUUGGAAUCGUAAAGGAUUGAAACACGGUGCUGGUCUAUUAGUACUUCCGGACGGGACACGAUACGAGGGUGCAUUUCAGAAUGGAUUAUGUUCCGGCUUGGGAGUUAUUAUAUUCCCCGACGGAGCAAAAUACGAAGGAGAAUUUAUGCAAGGAUGGUUCCAUGGCCACGGCGUAUUUUGGAGGGCCGACGGAAUGAAAUUUGAAGGGGAAUUUCGUGGAGGUCGCGUUUGGGGCUUAGGUUUAGUGACUUAUGCUGAUGGAUCGCAUGGUUUUCCAAGAAAUGAAGGCUUCUUUCAAGAUUGUAGAUUAGUGAGGCGACGCCGUUGUCCGGAUAUAAUACAGAAAGCGGAAAAGAUUUCCAUGAUGGCGCGCGCUCGGUGCAGUUAAGCUGAAAUAAGGGAUCGUAGAUGUACAGAUACUAAUGAACAAACAGGAUGUACGUAGUUUCCAUCUAUAUUAAUCCAUACUUGUAACAUUGGUAUUAAUUUAACAGAAAGAAAUAAAGGGUAUUUCUGGAUUAAUA